UGGGCGGUAGGCCAAUGAGUUUUUGUUGAGUGACAGGAACCCUACCGCGCGCGCUGUCUGCCGCGGUAACAUGAGUGCGCCGUUUACCGCCUAUCCGGAAGUACGUCGUCAGAUGCUCCCGUCAUCCUUAGCGCGAGUAUUUCCCGUCAUCCUUUGCGCCGCCUUCCCCCUAAGUUUAAAUGUUGGAUGGGUAAGCAACCGGUCUCCCUGAUGUGAGUUACCACUUACCGUGUUUUCGAUCUGUGUUGUGGUGUGGGAUCGUACGGCGGGCCCGUUUAGGCGCCUUGUCGGUUUUCGUGGUACUAUUUGAGAAGUUUAAGGGUUUCAACAUGCUGACAAAAGCUACGCUGCACUGCAGGAUUAGGAACAUAUUUGGCCAAAAAGAUGGACACCAUGUGAGGGUCUCGGAUGCCUACAGUACAUACUGCACAGCGUACGGAGAUGGCAUUUCCAUGGAGCAUUUUGGGAGGGCCAUCAAGGAGUGUUUCCCUACUGUGGUCAAGAAAAGACUGAAGACCGUCGAUGGCCUAAAAUAUCCUUGGAUGAUAUGCAGUUGUAUAUUGUUAGAUUAGAGAUGUCAUCUAAAUCGUGUAAACUUUUUUUUAUUGAUGGGAAUGAGUGAGAAUAUGCUAUAAGAAGUGACUAAAAUAAACUUCUUUGAAACUUUUUAAUGAACAAAUAUAUAAAUAUCACAAAUAUAAACUCUCUUGUAUAAAUAUAUGUGAAAAAAACUUUUUCCAAAACUUCAACAGAACAUAAUUUACAACUAUAUCUCCAACAGGCAUUCAGCUACUGAUAUGACAUAUAUUUCAUAAACUAGAAACCUGACUCUAAUGCACUGCCAAGUUGCUAUAUAACUAUAGCUAUAUAACUAUAAAGUUAAAAAAAUAAAUGUCUUUGAUAAAGACAACUUGUGCAUGCAACAUUUAACAAUAUGGUGCUAUAGAUACAGGUGCAAAAAUAACAUUUCUUUGUGUGAACUCUACCUAUAGAUACACUGUUUCUUAGGUUGUUCUUUGAUAUAGUGUCUUUGUAUCUUAAGGUACUAAAUUAACAAAAAUAACGUUUUUUUUAUAUACAUAAUCGUCUCAACUCUUUAACCUUAACUAGUUUCCACAUCAUUCUUCUUCAACCUGUUCAAGUUUGACAACAAGGAGAACAUCUCCCCCACUUUUGAUUCAUCAACAUGUACAUCUUCAGUCACAACUGGCCACCUACUGGAGUUUGUCAGGAAUGGGGAAUAUGCCAGAACCUGGUGUGCCAACAAGUUCGACAAUUCAGUUCAAGUCUACAAGGUGGAACCCAAGUUCAUCAACGGCCUCAAGCCCUGCAGAGUAUUGACUAUAACUGACUCCCUCGAUAUAUCUGCCACGUACAAUGGUGUGCAGAUAAAUCUGACAAAGUUGGGCAUGACUGAUCGUAUUAGCAGUAUCGAAGACUUUGAAAGUAUCCUCAAACACAUCAGCAAUAUCCCUGCAUGUGAGGGUCUACAAGGCAACAUCUACACUUCAACAGAAUACCCAGCACUGAAGGCUGUGACCGAAUCUGUCUCCGGUGAGGGAUCAGAGGAACCACAGAAGAUCCUGAGAUCUCUCCAAUGCAGCCAGCUGGUUCCUGCCCUUGCGGGAUCAAAGGUCACUCGCUGCACAAAAUGCGAAAGUCUGCGGUCUGCGGUAAAGCAGGCCCGCUGGCGAAGAGAGAAACUGAAACGUACGUCUGGUGACAUCCCCCAGGUUCCUGCAAAAAAAACAAGAUGGGAUUAUCUAAGCGAACAAGACAAGAAGGAGAAGUACAAUCAAGAACAAGUAAGACGAGUAAGAUCGGAAGAUAGAACUGACUAUUACAAAGCAAGGUACGCCAGCUUAAAAGAGUCUGUACGGCUAGCAAAGGAAGAUCACAAGGACAUUACUGAGAUUUUUAAUACAAUGGAUGACAAUGUGGCCAAACUGUUUCCAAACGAUCACAGAAAGAGGCUCCUGUGGACAAUUCAGAGAGACCACGUCCAGAACAAGCGGAACGAAUGGAAUACAGAGUUCUUGGACGUCUGUCUUCAACUCUGGCAGCGGAGCAAGCAGGGCUACGCAGACCUUCAAAACAGUGGAUUCCUGAAGCUGCCAUCUGAGAGACUUCUGCGAUACAAGAAGAACAAAGUUAAUCAGAAGCCAGGAUUACACACAGAAGUCUUGAAGUGGAUGGACAAAGAGGCUGAGGAACAAGGGGUGACUGAAAGAGGGCGGCAUGGGUUCAUUGUCUUUGACGAGAUGAAAAUACAGGGAAGUGUCCAGCUGCGUCGAGUGGGAGAUGAGUUUGAAAUUGCAGGCUUUGUGGACCUGGGAGACUUUUACCACAGCAUGAAAUCACUUCAGACUGCUGGCGAACAAAAGGCUGAGAUGGCCACCCACGUCUUUCAGGUGGCCUUCAAGGGAUGCGAGGGCUUCUUCUUCCCCUUUGCGUGGUAUCCAACAACGGAAAUCGCUCCAAUCAACAUAUACAUGAGCCACUGGGACAGUGUGUUUUACCUGAAGCAGUACCGCUUCUUCUCCCAUGCUUGUGUAUGUGACGGUGGGCAGGCCAAUCGUGACUUCAUCAUGGGACAUUUUGAGUCGAAAGAAGAUGCAAUCUCAAGGAAGUUCAGCAUAGACAACAUCUACGGGGAGGGGAACUACUCAUUCAUCAUGGACCCACCACACAACAUCAAAAAGCUACGAAAUAACCUGGAGAAGAGCACCAUGGCAGGUUCAGCGAGAUGCUUCCAAGUUAGCGGAAAGCACAUCCUUUGGUCGCAUCUCAAGGAGUCGUACCUGCACGACAAGACCAAUGCGAGGGCGCCAGUGACCUCCUGCAGGAUCAAGGACCAACACUUUCUGCUAACCCCAGCCACACGGAUGCGCAACCAUCUAGCAUCUGACAUUUUCAGUGACGGCAUGAUUGAAUUGUUGGACAAUUACCAGGAGUUUAAGCAAGACAAGAAUGGAGAUGCUGACUCAAUGAGUGCAACCCGGCAGUACCUGUCUGCAGCUAAUGUGUUUGUGAAGACAUUUGCAAACACCAAGCCUAUAAGAACAAUGGAUGAUCCGAGGUUGGUUCAACUCGACGGUGCACUUCAGUGGUUUCUAGACUGGGAAGAGGAAGUAAAAGAACGUGAGAACCUAACGGCAAAGGAAAGAAACAAAUCGUUCAUUUCGGACAAAUUACAUUUUGACCUCUGCUCAAUGGUACUGGGUUACAAAUCAUACAUCCGCACCAUGACAGCCCAGUUUCCUGGGAUGGGGGUUAUCUCUGCCAGCACCAACCAAGAUGCCCUGGAAAAUAUGUUUGGUUGUGUACGUGCGUCCAAUGGAAGUAACACCAACCCAACUGUUUUACAGUAUGGUCCAUCUGUCAAUGGAUACAUCCACUGCCGCUCGUUCAAGGUCCGGAAUGGCAAUGCAUCCAGAAAGUACUGAGUCAAAAACAUUUUCAAGCAAAACACAGACUUCCACCUCUAGUACUUCAAUACACC